GUCGGCGGCGGCGGCGGCGGCAGCAGCAGCGGCAGCGGCAGCAGCAGCAGCAGCGUCGGCGGCGGCGGCGGCAUCGUCGUCGUCGUCCGCUGUAGCGGCUCGCGACUCGGGGCUCGGGGCUCCGCGUGGACACGGAGCGAGGGAGGGACGGCGCUCAUGGCUGCCGCUCCGCGCGGCCUCCGGGGACGAGGGAAGCUUCCCGGGCCGGUUCUGAGCUGACCCGCUGAGCCGAGGAACCCCCUGGCGGCCCGCGCUCGAGCCCUCCUACCUGGGGCCCGGGAGGCAGCGUGCUUCUGCAGGGCCCAAGACUCAUCUUGCGUGGCAGCUCUUCAGACGGACGCCUCCUCGGCCGGACCCGCGCCCAGCCGCAGCGCCGCAGCAUGGACGUAGAUGAAGAGGAGAACAUGAGUUCCAGCAGCGCCGACGUCAAGGAAAACCGCAACGUGGACAACGUGCCGCCGCCGGGCGCCGCGGAGGGGCCGGCGCCGGCCCCGGGCGGCAGGAAGCGGCCCCUGGAGGACGGCGCCAACGGGCACCCCAAGUUCCGGGCCAAGAGGCGGAAGAAGGUCCCGGGGCCCGUCCUGCCCAAGAACGCGCUGAUGCAGCUCAACGAGAUCAAGCCGGGCCUGCAGUACCAGCUGCUGUCGCAGACGGGCCCCGUGCACGCGCCCGUCUUCGUCAUGGCCGUCGAGGUGAACGGGCAGGCGUUCGAGGGCUCGGGGCCCACCAAGAAGAAGGCCAAGCUGCACGCCGCCGAGAAGGCGCUGCGCUCCUUCGUGCAGUUCCCCAACGCCUCCGAGGCCCACCUGGCCAUGGGCCGCACCCUGUCCGUCAACACGGACUUCACGUCCGACCAGGCCGACUUCCCCGAAGCCCUCUUCAACGGCUUCGAGACGCCGCUGCCGCCCGGCGCGCCCUUCUACCUGGGCUCCAACGGCGACGGCGGCUUCAGCCCGCGGCCCGACUACGGCGCGGCGCCCGCGGCCCCGGUGCUGCCCCCGGCCCUGGUGCAGGCGCCCCUCCCCCUCCCCGCGGCCUACCCGUCGGCCAGCGGCAAGAACCCGGUCAUGAUCCUGAACGAGCUGCGGCCGGGCCUCAAGUACGAGUUCCUGUCCGAGAGCGGCGAGAGCCACGCCAAGAACUUCGUCAUGUCGGUGGCCGUGGACGGCCACGUCUUCGAGGGCUCCGGCCGGAACAAGAAGCUGGCCAAGGCCCGGGCCGCGCAGUCCGCCCUCGCCUGCCUCUUCCACAUGCAGCUGGACCAGACGCCAUCUCGGCAGCCCAUCCCCAAGGAGGGCCUCCAGCUGCACCUGCCCCAGGUUCUCGCCGACGCCGUGUCCCGCCUGAUCGUGGACAAGUUCAGUGACCUCACCGACAACUUCACGUCUCCCCACGCGCGGAGGAAAGUGCUCUCCGGAGUCGUCAUGACGACAGGCACCGACGUCAAGGACGCGCAGGUGAUCAGCGUCUCCACCGGCACCAAGUGCAUCAAUGGGGAGUACAUGAGUGACCGCGGGCUGGCCUUAAACGACUGCCACGCAGAAAUCAUAUCUCGGCGCUCCUUGAUUCGCUUUCUCUACACGCAGCUCGAGCUGUUCCUGAGCACGAGGGAGGACCAGCAGAGGUCCAUCUUCAUGAAGUCCCAGCGCGGAGGCUUCCGGCUGAAGGACACGGUCCAGUUUCACCUGUACAUCAGCACGUCCCCGUGCGGAGACGCCAGGAUCUUCUCGCCCCACGAGGCGGCCCAAGAUGACCAGGCAGACAGACACCCCAACAGGAAAGCGAGGGGGCAGCUGCGGACCAAGAUCGAGUCGGGGGAGGGCACGAUCCCCGUGAGGACGACGACCACCAUCCAGACCUGGGACGGGGUGCUGCAGGGGGAGCGGCUGCUCACCAUGUCCUGCAGCGACAAGAUCGCCAGGUGGAACGUGCUGGGCAUCCAGGGGUCCCUGCUGAGCCUCUUCGUGGAGCCCAUUUACUUCUCCAGCAUCAUCCUGGGGAGUCUCUACCACGGGGACCACCUUUCCAGGGCCGUGUACCAGCGCAUCUCGGACAUCGAGGAGCUCCCGCCGCUCUACAGCCUCAACCGGCCCUUACUGAGCGGAAUCAGCAACACGGAAGCCCGACAGCCGGGGAAAGCCCCGAACUUCAGCGUCAACUGGACGGUGGGCGACCCCAGCAUGGAGGUCAUCAACGCCACCACCGGCAAGGACGAGAUGGGCCGGGCGUCCCGCCUCUGCAAGCAGGCGCUCUACAGCCGCUGGCUACGCAUCCACGCCAAGCUCUCCUCCAACCUGCGCACCAAGAUCGGCAAGCCGCACCUGUACCACGAGUGCAAGCAGAGCGCCAUGGAGUACCAGUCUGCCAAAGAGUCCCUGUUCAGGGCCUUCCUCAAAGCGGGCCUCGGGGCCUGGGUGGAAAAGCCCAUCGAGCAGGACCAGUUCUCGCUCAGCUGCAGCCCCUGACUGGGCGGGGGGCGUGGCUCCGGCGGCGGCGCGUGCACGCAUGCUCCCACUCUGCCCCCACGCACACGCACACGCACACGCUCACACACACGCACACGCACAUCCUUUCUAGGAUCCACCAGCAGCUGCUUCCGCCCCUCUUCAUGGCUCCCAACCCCAGUCUUAGGUCGCCGACGCUCUCCUAGAGGACUCGGCCGUCGUCCCCAGCAGCACCUCCACGUGGCCCUGCGUGGCAUUUCCCAGAACUCCGCCCCCUGUAGCUCCUCCCCACGGCGGGGCGUGUGCAAAGCUGCCCUUCCCUACCUCGUGGUCCUCUCCGAGCUGCCGCUGCCCAGUGGUCGCUCAUGUGUGUAUUUAUUAGUCCGUGGUUGGCCUCUAAAGACUCUCCCUCCCUCCCUCCGUGUCCGCGGUGUGAAGGCGGCGGCGGCCGCCUCCCUUCUUGCCGUGCUCAACUGGAAACCCGGCAGAGGCCGUGGGUAGACCCAGCCACUUCCGUAAGAGCUCCAUUCCUAGUCGUUGCCUCCUCCUCCCUCCGCCCCGCCCACCCGUAGCUCCGCACACACACGCACACGCACACGCACACGUAUGUACGCACCCAGGAGUUCCGAGUACCAUCACGGCUUUAGCGUUACUAGGGCACCUGGAAGAACCGGCAUGGAUAGCACCGCGGCUGGGAUGCGCCGGCCCGCCCGCCCGCACCCACCUCUUCCUGUUCCCAGGGCUUGGAGGAGGGCGGCUGAGCGAGCGGCGCUGGCGCUGGGCCCGGAUGGGGGAUGGCGGCUCAGAGGCUGCUCCUUCCCCACAGGGAAGGGCCGGUUAGGAGGGAGGCCGAACUACCUCAGGCCGGCCGCCCCUCCCCCUGGAGAGGAGAGCUGCUGCUGGAGGGGGAGGCGGCUCGCACCCUCUCCUCACACUUGACCUGUCGGUCUCUGCGAGUCAGGGCCCAGGAUGGCACGAUUUUGCACAGGCGUCGGUGGGGAGGGUUUGCUCAGGGUGGGGGCCUGGGGGGAGGCGGCAGCUUCGGGGGUGUCUGGCCAUCCGGGAGCCCCGCUUUGCUCUCCCUCCCCGUCCUCGCCCUCGCCGCCUCAGGAUCCUCAGAACACGGAAGGAAACGGCGGGGCAGACGAACGCCAAUACUUGAAAACUCCCGGAAGGUUUUCGUCCUUCUCUUCUAGCUUUACCGAGGGCGGCCGGCGGGCGGGACUUGCCUUGAUGCACACUCAGGACAGAAGGACUCUGGGAGGUCGGCCGGGCUUCGCCCCCAAAGCACAUGUUUUUAAGCGGGAGGCGGGGCUCCUGCACGUCCCAGCCGGGCCUCCCCUCAGACCGUGUCCUCGUGUGACCACGCACCAUCGGCCACUGGCCGGAGGCCGGUCCUCCGUGGCGGGGAGCCUUUGCACAUGGAGGGGGCGUCCCCUUGCCUGAGAAGCUCCUCCGUGGGCCACUUUUCCUGCCUUGGAUGGAGGCCAGCCAUUGCACUGAAGAGCCCUUGUACGCUGUUGCAUUUUUAUUGUUGUCUAUAGAGAAGAAGUUGUAUUUUUUCUAAGGGGUCGGGAGAGGUUGUACCGCGAAGCCGCUAUUUUUACGGAGUUGUCUAUGGACGCGCCACGCCAGAAAUCCAGGAAGCGCAGCCGCCCCGCCCGCUCCGGUGAUGAGGGUGCCGAUUCUGCUCCUCCCCCGCCGUGGGGAUCUGCCCCGUCAAGGGCUUCCCUUUGUCUCACGGGCGCUCCAGAACCGGGGAUCACCAGGGCCCGGCAAAGCUGAGUUGUACCCCGAAGAUUCAAGCAGUGAAAGAAGCCGUCUGGAAGGGCUUCGAGGGGUGGAUUUGGGCCUCCCAACGACACGGGCAUCUGCCAGGGCUGUCUAUUGGGAUUCGUGUUCUUGGCCCAGAGGAGGGCUUCCUGGAGGAAGCAGGCCGAUAGGGAGGCCCCUCCCGUCCCCCGGGGAUGGGCCUAGGGGUCGCCCGAAGGAACGGAUGGCUACGUGUGUCCUGCCCCUUCCCGGCCCCUCGUUAGAGGAGGAGGAGCAGGUGGAAGGCUGGACGAUCUCCCUCCUCCCCCAGUUUGGUGCCCCCCGGCUGACUCCCAGGCGAUGCCAGGCCUUCCCCGCUGAGCCAGGGUGACCCCCCCCGUAGUGUCUAUCUGGGGGACCCUCGUUGCCCACAUCCUUGAGGGCCUCCCCUCAGGGUAACCCUCGUCUGCCCCCACAGACCUUUGGGCAGGUUCUGUGUCUGUCCCUGGGGUCUCGCACACAGCAGGUGCUUCAUAAAGGAACGUCUGCAUCGGCUUGGGCCUUAGAGGUGGUCUUCCAAGCGUGCCGGGCACCCCCGACGGUGCUUUAGGGAUGCCACAGUGCAGGGCGUUGUUUCACGGCUGCCUCGCCCUCCCCCCGCCCACCAGUCACUCCAGCUGCUACAAUAUGCUCUGCCCGCGGUUUAGGGGCACGGAGGGCGCGUGGCGGCGCCCCUUGUGUGGGAGGCGGCGGGGCCACGGCCUCCUGGGGGUGCCGGGCCGCACGUGGCGGGAUGGACUUUGCCCCCGGGGCGCCCGCCCGACAGGGCCACGUGGGCAUGGCCUGGCGUCCCCUCCUAGGCACGCGCUUCUUUGAAAGGACUUUUGGGGACCUUCGUGAGCAGCUGUUCCGGGUGGGAGGCCUCCGGGCCGUGGCGUCUUCGGCCAGUGGGGUGCCCGCAGCCUCCGCGGUCGCCUCGUGCUUCCGCUGCGCGGGUCGGCCCCGUCCUCCAAAGCAGUCGGCGAAGCGCGGGGGGAGCCCGUCGUCGCUUCUGCGGACUUCGGGGCGUCUCCCUUGGAUGGAGGGUGGAGCGACCGGCCGGCUUGCCCGGCUCUCAGCCGGCCCAGAAGCGUGCCCUGCGCCCCGCAGUCCGUGUCCUCUGUACAGACAGACCCAUUCGGUCCGCAUGAGCUCCCUCACCGAGACCUGGCCGGAAACGAGCAUGAGACGCUGUCCUGUGUAGACAAAGGGGUGUCAAGUGUCCGAAAUAAAGCUCCAUGUAACUAGCUGCUGCA